AACAGCAGCCUCGGCAAGCAACAUGUCCGAGGGGCACUUGGCUGUCAUAGUAUCUAUUUAUAUGCCAGAUCCGCCUGCGAGGAGCAACUUUGGAACUCCUGUCUCAGCUCAUCAGACGAUUGACGCUUCGAACAUCGCCUCCCAAAUGACACGAUGGGGACUGCUGAUUCGGCCGCGUCUCGAAGUUCGAAACUCGCCCUUCUAGUUAACCACCGACUGGCUAGAUACGUGUCACGGUCACUGGGAGUUGCAUCGGUGUUCACAUUCUCUCCGAUAUACGUGGCAUCAAUAUUUAUGAACUGGCUUGACGCAUUGACGGUCCCACCUUCGUACAUACCUUCCCUUUCCUCACAAUGGUGCCUGAUCAAGAGAAACUUUCCUCAGACACUAGCAUUCAAGUUGCCCAACCUCCUGCACCAAAGUUUGUGGAGGGUGGUGUCCGUGGUUAUCUGACAAUAUUUGGUGCAUUCCUCAGCCUUUUUGCUGCCUUUGGCCAGUCCAUCGCAUUCGGAAGUUUCCAGCUUUGGUAUGCUGUGAACCAGCUAUCGUCUUACUCGGCUUCCGACAUCUCCUGGAUUGGUUCCCUUCAGCUGUGGGUAUUCUUUUUUUCUGGCAGUUUUGUGGGGCGACUUUUCGAUGCCUACGGACCCACCGUGCUUCUGGCUUCCGGUACUGUUAUCCUGACUCUCAGCCUCAUGAUGACUUCUUUGGCCAGCCGGUAUUAUGAAUUCAUCUUAGCCCAAGGUAUUCUUUUUGGCAUCGGAUUUGGCCUAAUGUUUUACCCCUCUAUGAGCGCUACAGCUACCCAUUUUCGAAAGUAUAGGGCUACCGCCAUGGGAGUAGCAGUGGCCGGCUCUAGUGCUGGUGGAGUGGUCUUCCCUAUAUUACUACAGCGGCUCUUCGACGAAGUGGGUUUUGGUUGGGCUGUAAGAAUAUCUGCGUUUGUUUGUUUGGCGUGUGGGAUUGUAUCGACACUCACGGUUUCGAGUCGCCUGCCUAAGCGCAAACCAGGACCGUGGAUCGAUGUCGUCUCCUUACAAGACGCCAACUUCAUGCUGUUUACUCUAGGUAGUGGCAUAUGUUGCCUUGGCAUAUUCAUCCCUUUCUUCUACAUCGUUCAGUAUGGCCAAGAUAAUGGCCUAUCCCAAGCUCUCUCGUUUGAUCUCCUCUCUGUGAUGAAUGCUGGAAGUGUAAUUGGACGCAUUCUUCCUGCCCUCAUGGCUGACUACAUUGGGAGGUACAAUUUACUUGUACCAUUCACUGCAAUUUCUGGGAUUUUUUGUCUCGCUUUAUGGAUGCACGCACAUAGUCUAGCUGCCCUGAUGUGUUAUGCUGUCUUCUUCGGGUUUUUCUCUGGAGCAUUUUUUGCCCUUCAAUCAGCAUGCAUCGCUCAAAUUUCCCAAAUUGAGAAAAUUGGGAUUCGAAUGGGCAUGGCAUACAGUCUGGUGUCGUUUCUGGCACUUGUAGGAGGGCCAAUUGGUGGAGCAAUUCUAAAUAGGCAAAAAGGGAAGUUUAGUGGGAUGAUUGUUUUUACUGGGGUCACUCUCAUUGUUGGUUCUCUUGUGACUUUGAUGGUGAAGUUGAAGAUUAACCGAAACAUCCUUGCAAAAGUUUGAUACACUACUUGUUCUUGUUAGUAGAACUGGUGCUCCGUUCUUAAAUGGCUACUAAAAGUCGUGGUCUAGAUAGACUAGGCACAAGUUGUUUGUACAAAAUAGUAUACUUGUGGAGAAGUGGUGUGAGUGUCUCCUUCCAACUUUCCAUAGGGACAUGGACAAUUUGAGGAAACCUUGAACUUGCGU